GCUUGGCGCGUCGCGUUCGCGACGCAGCGCCAGAUCUUGAAUGGGUGCACCGCCGCCAUAUCCAUGCAGUCCUGGUCGAACCACGAGAUGAAGAGGAAGUGCGCUCAUCCAUUUGGAGCGGAGACGCUCGCGACAUCUGAAGGAAUGGCCAUGGCAGAGCUUUCGCGGGCCAUGCUAUUCGAUAUCGGUGACCAAACGCAUGAUCUCAUGGGGCCCUACCUGCUGUCGGGGCGCUCCCCAGUCACCAGCGCCGCCGACUCCCGCGGAGGUUGCGACCACGUGACCAACCCCAAGGCUAGCCUGGCGGAGGACAAGCGCGCGGCGAUCGACGCGGCCAUCGCAAGAGCAGCCAUGCAGCGACCUGAAGUGCAUUUACGCUGGGUCGAAGGGGCGAGCCCGUUGACGGACCCGCUCGCCGAGACAAAUGGAGAAAGCUCAUUAUUGCGACGCGCCCUGGAGCAAGGAGUGUACGGCAUCGCUGCGGACAGCAUCGCGCUACGCCGCCGCUACGAGGAGAGGGUCAAGCGCGAGCAGAAGGAGCCAGCUCACUACGCCUGCGUGACCGACUGCUGCUAUACUGGUCUGGACAUCUACGAGAUGAGCUGCGCGGGGUGUCAGCGCCAGGGCAAUGAGAAGGACAGCGACAACUACGAGCCAUAG